CCCUCCUUGCAUCUUUAUACGCGUCGACGCGCUCCACUGGACCACUCCAGAGACACCGACAUAACUUGGGCCAUGUUCGUUCUCAAGUCCUUGUUUGGGCAGAUGUGGGGAAACCCAUCAAACCCCGAGCUUAUUCAAAUCCCCGCUGGGCAGCUCUACCUUGUGCGGCCUGACAGCAUCAAGGGUUCCCGCGAGUGCAUCUUCAAGGACUGUGUCGCCACUAUCCGCCGCACCGGCGUCGAGUUCCAAUAUCAGCUGGUCGUUACUCGUGCAUACGAGGAGGGCGAGGAGCAACUGCUUGAGGAGGACGCAGAGAGCGAUGACGAGCGUGUCUUCUUGAUCGACCAGGCUCUCGGGUUCCGCUUCGGGUCGUUGGACGGGGACGCAACAUUUGCUUGGAGGGAUCUGAGCGGCGACGAAGGCGACCUCUGGGAGUUUAUUGCCAACAAAACCGUAGGAAACGCGACAUGCAAGAUGUUCGAAGUCACCCUCCUGCAAUGCAUCUAUGAAAGGAAAUACUCGGAAUCUCACGACCUUGCGAGUGAUGAUGACCUCGAGGCGCUCAAGUAUUACGAGGACCCCAAGCCCAGGUCUGCGCCGACUUCCCCUCUGAAGAUCACCAACCCGGUGUCAACCCCCGCGCCCCAACCUGCCGCUGUUAGCACUCCCACUGCUACAGCAGUAGAUACUGCAGUGUCUCCGGCGCAGGCUGAGGCGCAUGAGGAGGAGGAGGAGGCGGACGGCGAGGACCCCUUCGAAGGCAUCCCGAUCCUGCAUCGCGCGCCAGCUGAGCUCUACCUCUUCGACCUGGAUGCCGACGUCUUCGUGAUUCAGGAAAAGGAGGUCAGCGUCGAUAUGCUGUCGAAUGGCAACUACGACACGUGGAUCGUCGUGCGCAAGAACAAGACGCCGUUUAUCUCGCUCCCCAUCGACGCUGAGAUGAACCCUCGUUUCGAUAUCGCGAACCGGGCUUUCAUGUUCACGUUCCGUGAAACCGAGGGCCUUCCGGGCAUGACUUGGUGCCUUCGUUUCAGCGAGGACGUCUUCUCGGAGUGGAAGGAUAAGUUUGCCGUCUACAUGUGGGAGAAUAGCAACAAGCUUCCAUACGCCAAGGAAAAGCCCGUUGAACAGCGCUACAUCCAGGACGCGUACAAUGACGGUGAUGUCGAGAUGGCCGACGCAGAUGAGGAACCCGAGCCUCCGGCAGAGGAGGAAGAGGAUGAUUACUCUGAGAGUGAGGAGGAGUAUGAGGAGGAAGACAGCCAGGACGAGGCUUUCGGGCGCGAGAGCAAGAACGAGAUGCUGGCUGUCGGUUACAAGAACGACAUGUCUUUCGUCACUCGUGGUAACAUGAUUGGCGUUUUCGCACAUGAUCGCGACAAAGUCAAAUUCCGCACCGCCAUCGACCGCAUCAAGGGUAUGGACGGGAACAACUUCACCCCGAAUAAGAUAAUGUUGCACAACCAAGACGCCGAUAUGCUCAUGCUUGACCCUCUGCAGAAGAAUUCGGUCUACCGUAUGGACCUAGAGUAUGGCAAGAUUGUGGAUGAGUGGAAGGUGUCGGACGAUGUUGAGGUUAAUAACAUUAUUCCAGACUCAAAGUACGCCCAGAUGAACCCGCAGCAGACCCUCAUCGGCCACUCGCACAACGGCAUCUUCCGAAUUGACCCCCGUGUGGCAGGUAACAAGCUGGUGGAAUCACAAUUCAAGCAGUACGUUUCGAAGAAUGACUUCUCGGCGGCUGCGACGACGGAAUCGGGAAAGCUUGCUGUCGCCUCCAACAAGGGUGACAUCCGCCUUUUCGACACGAUUGGCAAGAAUGCCAAGACGGCCCUGCCGCCGCUCGGAGAUCCGAUCAUUGGUGUAGAUGUGUCGGCCGACGGACGAUGGGUUGUUGCGACGUGCAAGACGUACCUGCUGCUUAUCGACACUCUUAUCGGGGAUGGGCGGUACAAGGGGUCGCUCGGCUUCGACCGCAGCUUCCCCGCCGACAGCAAGCCGGUGCCACGCCGCCUGCAGCUCAAGCCGGAGCAUGUAGCGUACAUGGAGGACCCUGUCUCGUUCACACCGGCGCGCUUCAACACUGGCAUAAACGAGGCUGAAAAGACGAUUGUGACGUCGACGGGCAAGUACAUCAUCACUUGGAACUUCCGCCGCCUCAAGCAGGGCCGCACCGAUGACUACCAGAUCAAGAAAUAUGACUCGCGUGUGGUGGCCGACAACUUCAAGUAUGGCGCCGACAAGAACAUCAUUGUUGCGCUCGAGCACAACGUCCUCAUGGCCAACAAGAAUCAGCUGUCCAAGGCGACGCGCAACUCUCUUGCGCCAUCGCGCGCUUCGCUGACGACUCCGGUGUCCAAGUUGCGCCAAGGUGGCGAUUCGCGCAGCAACAUUGUCAACAGCCCGUACUGAACAGAGCUAAGCAGAACUGAGCGUGAAGGUAAUGGGUUUGCUUUGCAUGCUUGUCGAAGGUAGAGCUAUAAUAUACAACGUGGUUGGUAGUUGUGCUUGACGGUGAAGAUGCUAAUCUAUGUCUGAAGAGAGUCGAAGCCGCGGGAAUGAACACAAAGUCGAGGUGUACAACGAGACUGGUGGAGACAAUGGUUAUGCAACAAAGUUCCAGUGUUCAACA